AUGGGCCCAGAACUAAUACAGCAUCCGCUGUCGCGGGCGGAUGGCUCAACGGCGGUAUCUAGUGGCCUAUACACGGUCAUCGCCGGUGUUAACGGCCCUGUGGAGGUUCAGCGCCGAGACGAACUGCCCGAGGAAGCGGCUGUCGAAGUCAACAUCCGUCCAUCAUCUGGAAUUGGCGGACCCAGGGAAAGAUGGCUUGAAUCGGUGGUGCAGUCGGUGCUGAAGAAUGUCAUACUGGUCAACAUGCAUCCACGAACGCUCAUUCAGAUCACUCUGCAAGUCACGAAACAACCAAGCAACAAGCUCCUGAGGACAACAGGCGAUAUCUCUGUCAUACCGACCCUUCUAAACACUGCCUUCACUGCUCUGGUGGACGGUGGCAUACCUCUCGCGACUACCAUGAGUUCGACACUGGCCAUUGUCAACAACGCUGGGAGUGUAAUGGUUGAGCCACAAGAGAAGGACCUGGAAAGCUAUAGCAGCAUUCACGCAAUGGCCUUCGACUCGCAUGGGCAGGAGCUCCUUGAUCAAUCGUCAGGGAUAUUCAGUAUGGACACAUGGGACGAAGUGGCAGAUGCGGCGCGGCGGGCAUGUGUCGCGGCGAUAGCAUCGACUGGCGAAGAUGAAGCGAUGGCAGACGGAGACGCAUCAGGCGAGCCGUGGCUUCGAAAGGCUCUACAGAGCCAAGCUGUCGCUGCGAAUUCGUGGCGCGACGCAACUUGA